CUCCGCCUCAACAUCCUCAUCUUGCCCCGUUCGCUUCGUGCUCACGCCGUGCACACCUCGUCCUCGCCUGUAUAACUGCUGAACUGUAUUACUACCUAUAUAUUCCCUUCACUAUGCAUAUCCGAUAGCCUCCGGUGUACUUCCCUUUGGCCCUACAGGCUCCCAUUCCCCCGGCGUUGCGAGAGGAAUAUAUCUAUUGCCACGUAUCCUCGAGUCAUUGCAGCCAGACGGCCCUCACCCACAAUGUCUCUCACGCGCGCAGCCCGCAUCAUUCUCGUGGGCGCACCCGGCGUCGGCAAGGGCACUCAAACCGAUCGACUCAUGAGAAAGUUUCCGGAACUGGCCUCAAUCAGCUCGGGCGACCUUUUGCGGAAGAAUGUCAGGGAGCGCACUCCUUUGGGCAUCCAAGCCGAGUCCAAGAUGAAGGCCGGCGUAUUGGUCCCGGACACUAUGAUUCUCCGUCUGAUAAUAAACGAACUCACAAACCGCGGCUGGCUCACCAACGACACAAUCAGACCCUAUACUGUCUACUCGUCAUCUAUUGGAAUGGACCAGGAGGAUACCGUAGACUCCGUCUUCAUUCCGUCCGGACUGCGUACCAGCAAGUACAACUACUCCGACCAUCCCUCGGCGUCGUUCAUCUUGGACGGCUUUCCACGCACAGCUGCCCAGGCGUCUCAACUGGACGACCUCAUACCGAUCAACCUCGUAGUCAAUCUGGACACGCCCACUGACAUAAUCAUCGACCGGAUUUGUAAUCGGUGGGUGCAUGCGCCAUCCGGGCGAGUCUACAAUACGACUUUCAAUGCGCCCAAGGUCGAGGGCAAAGACGAUGUUACCGGCGAGCCCUUGACGCGUCGGGAAGACGACGAUCCGGAAGUGUGGAAGGAGCGGUUGAGGCAUUUCAAGGAGACGAGUUUACCUCUCCUUGAGCACUAUGACAAAAUGGGAGUUCUUUGGAAUGUUAAAGGGAACACCAGCGAUGAGAUCACCCCUCGUCUCAUCAAGGAGUUUGGAAGGAGGUUUGGCGCUCUCGACAAUUAGAGAGGUCAGCCAGGCGUUUUUGGGUUGGGCGACUGUUUAUUCACGUCAACAAUCCGGCUGACUGCUGGGUUCUAUUCUUUUGUAUAUAUUCCCUAGGCACCCUACAGCAGCCAGGCCAGAGACUUACCCACUGCGGGAUGAUUAUUUGUAUCAACACGAGCGUGCUCUAUUUCUACCAA